CCACUGUAUCGUAUGUAAUAACAGAAGCCGAAUCUCGGAUUUUUAUUCUCCUCCACCUCCGCCUCCUCGCGAACUUUCUCGCCUCCGUCUCCGCUCGGAUUUUCUCGCCCCCCACCCCUCUCUUCUGUCUCUCCCUUCUCUUCUCUCUUGCGCCUUCGAUUCAUCGCAUGGCGGCGGCGGCGUACGAGGGCGGCGCCGGGGGGAAGUUCCCGAAACGCCCCUCCCGCCGGGCUCCCGCGACGCCCUACGACCGCCCUUCGGCCGCGGCACGUGGGGGCCGCCACCCUGCUGCGGCCGAGCCCGGCGGGAGCCGCUGGCUGUCCAAGCUCGUCGAUCCCGCCUCCCGGAUCAUCGCCCGGAGCGCCUCCCGCCUCUUCUCCUCCGUCUUCCGCAAACGCCUCGCCGCUCCACCGGCAGCCCCAGAAGAAAACCACCGAUCCAGACAAGAAGAUCCUGAAGUGCCUUCUACUAAUUCAUCAUCUGAAGUAGGAGAACAACGUGGCUGUGGUGGAGAGAAGGCAAAAGAUAAUUGUGAUGCUGCUGGGGCAUGGGAAGAAAUGAAUCUGGACAUUGGUGGAAUUUCUGAACUCGAACAGCUACUGAAGCAGAAAACCUUCACAAGGGUCGAGUUUGACCGCCUCACUGAAUUAUUGCGUUCGAGAACUAUUGAACCAAGUACAUCACAACCAGCAGUCAAUUAUGUGAAUGAAGAAAAAGCAAAUAUUUCAGAGCAAGUAAAUCAAAACAAGGAGUUUACUGCUGAACCAAGCACAUCAAAACGAGCAGACAGUCAUGACAGAAAGGCAAAUCCAAAUGUUCCAGAACAGGAAGCGAUUGCAUCCUUCAUAUUACGUGGGAGUGUCACAACUCCAGUCAGUUUGGCUGUAAGAAUUCCUGAAGAGGAAGCUGCUUCACCAGCAGAGAUUGCUAAAGCUUAUAUGGGUUCUAGGUCUUUGAAGGUGUCUCCUUCCACUUUAAGUCUGCGAAGCCAAAUAUUUCAGGAAGAUGCAGUUCCACAAGCAAAAAAAUCAUUGGAUAUGGCAAUUGCUCCAAGAUCUGCUGUCCGCUUUUCUGGAGUUCCUGAACAUACGGAAAAUGGCUAUAUGAUCGCAAGACCUCAUGGCAGAUCGGCAAUAUACAGAAUGUCUCGUUCUCCAUAUUUUAAGGCUCAUCCAGUGACCACUAUUAGGGGGGAUAGAUCUUUGGAUGGCGGCUCUGGUCUCUCAACAUCAUCUCAAUGGACAUCAACAAAUGUCAUGCAGUCUGGCAGCAAAUCGGCAAUGAAACGGGGAAGUUCCGUUUUAGAUAGUGAUGUGGGAUCUUUAGGUCCUAUACGCAGGAUUCGUCGGAAGUCUAAUGUAAUGUCUCCAUCAAGAAACAUACAGUCAUCACUUCCUAGAAAUCUUCUUCCAACUCCCUCAGUUCCUCUCGCUAGAGAUGCCAAUCAGGGAUCUGCAUCUUCAAUUCAGAAGCCUCUCCAUUUGGAUGGUGCAACAGACUUACAGCAUGCAGAAAAUGGGCAUAAUAGAACUCCUUCAGGAGGUGUUGUUCCCAUUCCUCCCCAGUCUAGUGAAAUGGCCAGGAAAAUACUGCAACAACUAGAUAAAUUAGUGCCAUCACCGAAAGAGAAAUCAUCUGAACUGAAAAUUAUCGAUAGGCAUGAAUCACCAUCCAAGUUAACACGUAACAUGUUACAUGGACGGGCUCUCAAGAGCAUGGAGGAUAUAGAUUCAUCUAAGUUUCUGAAAGUACAAGCAUAUGAUAAUUUGGACAUUGCUAGCAGUUCCCAUCUGAAAGGCAUCAGAAGUUCUACUUUUCAAAAACAGGAGAGGGCUGGAGAGAAUGGCCCAUUAAAGCCCGAUGUUAGAGGACUUCAAGCGACAUCCGAAGCCCUUGACAGGAACAAAUCUGUUGUGUCUGCCACAGAAGCCAAACCUGGUAUGAAGUCUGCAGAGUUUGCAAUUUCAGUCACUGCUACUGUGCCUUCACAAAAGAAACCAUCAUUCCAGAUGAGUGCACCAGAGGAUUCUUUGGAUUUGGAUGAUGAUGAUUAUAGUAUCAAAGAUUCCUCUGGUCUGGCCUCUACUGGCAAUGCUAAACUUGAGUUGAUAUCAGAGAGCAAGACUCCUGACAUAACAAGUUUGGAGAGGUCUCUGGGAUCUUCCUCCAAUAGCAUGCCUAGUUCUACCUUGAUAUUGGACAAGAGAUCUGAGGUGAAGGCUUCUGACAAGCCUGUAAGUGAAAAAAAUGCUGCCUUUCUUUUUCCUACUGCUUCUCCUUCCAGCAUUUCCUCCCAGAUGCAUUCACCACCUAGGCCAGCCCCGUUGGUUGAGAGAUCAACUCCACGAAAGGAAGAAAUUGCUGGUCAUACAUUUAAAUUUGGUUCCAAAGAUGCAGAGUCUUCUCCAUUAUCUUCAACUAUGGCUGCUGUUAGUAAUCCUGCAAGCCUGAAAUUUGGUGCAAGCAAUGAUGCUCCAGAAACUCUUCUGGAUCGUUCAAAAUUGGAUAACGGAGGUGAUCAGAAGGCUGGAGAUGUGUUCAAAUCAUGUGGAAAUCCUGUUUCGGGGUUGUCUAGUUCAACUAGCCCAGUACUGUUUGCUUUUGGAGCUUCCACAACACCAACCCUAAGCAAUGGCUCACUGACUGCAGCCUCAUCUACAUCCGUGAUUUCUGCUGCCCCAGCCAUGACAUUUUCUGAUAAUUUAGCGACCUCAGUUUUCUCCACCAGCAUAAUCACUAGCACCAGUUCUGGUAGUCCUACUGUCUCAUCUGCAACCCCUGUAUUUUCCACAGUGCCUUCGUUCCAGUUUGGCUCUGGUGCCUCUACAAGUGCUUCCAUCUCAGUUGCACCAUCUCUGGAAAAACCUGAUUCUAACGGUUUGGAGGAAAAGCCUGUUAAGGCAUUGCCUUUUGGCCUAAGCAGCUUCAUUGCUCCUGGUUCAUCAGCUGCUCACUCAAUCACAGGAAGUAACAGUGCUGCUUCAGCAACAUCAUCUGUUUUUGCAAGCAUGGGAACAAGCAGUAGUUCCUCUGUUGUGCAAGCAUCACCAUUAUUUUCAAGCAUGACCAGCGGCUCCUUGGCUUUAUCGACGUCUUCAGUCUUUUCAGGCAAUGGUGUUUUUGGGUCCAGUGCUUCAGCACACUCUAGCAGUGAGAACUUGUCAGUUGCUAAUAGCAGUUCUCAGAGCUUGCCUUCUACUUUUGGUGCUGCAGGUGGAUCCAUUUUUGAUACCCAGGCAACUAAAACUGGAACUGGGGUUUCAAAUAUUUCACAAAACUCCCCAAGUCAGUUUGGUUCCUUUACCUCCCAGCCAGUAGUUGGGCUCACUGGCUCUUCCUCUUCAGGUUCGGCUAGCUCAUUAUUUGGGUCUGCAACUCCUACCAAACCUUUCGGUACAAGUUCCAUCGUUUCUUUUUCCACCAGUGCCGAUUCUUCUUCCAGUUCUGCAAGCAGUGUGUCCUUGUCGACAGCAGCUUUUGGUACAAGUUCUGGCUUUUCUUUUUCCUCUGGUGCCGUUUCUUCUUACAGCUCUGGCAGCAGCACUUCAUUUGCUCCAACAACACCUUUUGGUUCAAGUUCUGGUUUCUCUUUUUCCACUGGUGCUGGUCUUUCUUCCAGUUUUGUCAGCAGCUCUUCGUUUGCACCAACAGCUGCUAAUAUGUUUAAUUCCAGUUCUCAGCUGCCCAUGUCAUCCAAUUUUGGUUCCACUUUUGGUUCCACCACACCUACACCAUCCACGGGAUUUUCAUUUGGAUUGUCUGCUCCCUCUUCAGGCAGUUCCCGUUUUACCUUUGGCACAUCAUCUGGGCCAGCAUUCUCAUUCACCUCAGCUGGAACCACUACAUCAUCUACCUCUCCCUUGACUUUUGGAGUACAGAAUCCGACAGUUAGUUUUGGUUCAGGAUCUCCUGGAAAUGAUCAGAUGAAUGUGGAGGAUAGCAUGGCUGAUGACACCACCCAGGCUUCUGCUCCUGUUGUUCCAACAUUUGGUCAACAGACAAAUUUAACUGCAACGCCGAGCUUUAUGUUCAGUUCUCCAGCUGCUCCAUCUGGUGGGCCGUCGAUCUUUCAAUUUGGUGGCCAGCAGAAUACUAAUAAUCCGCAGAACCCGUCUCCAUUUCAAGCAGCUGGCAGUCUGGAGUUUGUUGCUGGUGGAAGCUUUUCUUUGGGAAGUGGUGGUGGUGGUGGUGACAAGUCUGGGCGGAAAAUCGUGAGGGUUAGACGAGAUAAACUUCGGAAAAAGUAGGAUAAGUGAUCUUCAGCGGUGACUUUUAGAUGUUAUGGGAGAUAUUGCACUGAAAGGAAACUUAGUUUUAUUGCCACUACAGGGCCGAAUAUUUUUAGGGCAAGAGGUAAGGAUAUCUUUUGUUUCCAUUGGCAGUGCUCGAUUUUCUGGUACGGAGGCAAACUGGCCUUUCCUGCUCCCCAGAAGCCAGUUAGCACUUUGAUCUUAUACUUUAUUUCUUGUUAUGCGUUGUUCUUUCUGGUGGCCUUUCGGUUAUAUUGUUGCAAUUUUGGUUCAACUGUAGAGCAUAUCUGGGAAUAUUUGCAUUUUGGUUUGGUAUCAAGAACUGGCGCUCAAUGCUGCUGGUGUGGUGUACUUUGUACUUGUAACGUUAGAUCUCUCUUUAUCUAACUGUUUGAAUGUAAGCUGGGUUAUAUCAUUGCUUUUCGACGAC